UGACGGAGUUGCAACUUACACCUUAUAAAUCUUCACUUCCUAUCAAUGUGUGAAGCAUUCGUUACUUUAGCAACAAAUGAUGAAUACGCAUGUGGUGCUCUUGUUUGGGCACAUUCAUUGCGUGAAGUAAAGACGACGAGACAGGUUGUGUGUUUGGCAACAAAACAGGUUUCAAAGCAAAUGCUAGAUAUUAUGGGGUCUGUAUUUGACCAUGUAGAAUUCGUUGAUGUACUUGAUAGCAAAGACGAAACGAACUUAGCAUUACUUUCGAGACCAGACUUGGGGGUAACCUUCACAAAGCUUCAUUGUUGGAGAUUAACUCAGUAUACGAAAGCUGUUUUUAUGGAUGCUGACACUAUGGUAUUGAAAAAUAUUGAUGAUUUAUUUGAGCGGGAGGAACUCAGUGCUGCUCCGGAUCCAGGUUGGCCAGACUGUUUCAAUUCCGGAGUUUUUGUUUUCAAACCGUCAUUGGAAACGUACAAGAAGAUACUAAGUUUUGCUGUUAGCCAUGGAAGCUUUGAUGGGGGCGAUCAAGGUCUGCUGAAUAUCUUCUUCUCCGACUGGGCAACCAAAGAUAUUCGUCUUCAUUUACCGUUCAUUUACAAUGUCAUCAGCCAAGCAUUUUACUCCUAUCCACCUGCCUUUAUUCAUUUUCGUAAUACAAUUCGUGUUGUUCAUUUUAUUGGGUCUGAGAAACCUUGGCACUGUGAACUGGACAAAUUCGGACAAGUCAUUGUUCGUGAUCCCACAAGUGUUGGAACUCCUGAAUUUUUGCAGCACUGGUGGAAUUUAUUUAUGACCCACGUUCAUCCAAAACUAACCCCUGGUGAGAGCGAUUUUGUGGGUAAAUUGGCUCAGAUUGAGAUAAGUCAAUCUUCCUCAAGCUUGACUCAAGCCAGUGAUGAAUCUGAAAGACAAUUGGCAUGGGAACGUGGGCAAAUGGAUUAUAUGGGUUCUGAUUCAUUUGAAAAAAUACAAAAUCUUCUGGAAUCAAAAAUCAAAAAAUAGAAACUAGUAUAUAGUAAGUAAGUAAGUAGCAAUUAGCAGCAAUACAUAUGAGAGUAGACGCACAAGUUAUGCAGACUGAGCAUGCAUGCAUACUUACUAACAUUUUGCUACGCAUUGAAUACCCAAAUUUUUAACUGCUGCUCACAUGUUUUGAUACAUCAGUCUUAUAAACAAACAGUAAUAACUCCUAAUGAUUGCAAUAUCUCUUGUUCUACAUAGAUUAAAAAGAGGUAUACCAUAAACUGAUUUUUUGAAUUAUUCUGCCUUAAAUUAUUCCUAAUUCAUUUUGCUUAUAUUUCUGCUCAUUACUGUUGGUUUUUGAUUUUGUGGUUACUUUUCAUUGAUAAUCUUGUGGAUAUAUUGGACCAAUGAUAUAUAUAUAAUUACCAAGUAUUUCUUCAGAUUAUUUCAAUAGAAUUAAUAACUCAUACUAUUUCUAUGAUUUAUUUCAUUCUCACCAUUUUGGUUAUCAUAUUCUUCUAUGUAAUUUUGAAGUGUUUAUCUUGACUAUUUAAAGUUUCCAAUUUUCCUUUUUAUUUCACUUUAAUCUACUUUCGUGUUUUUAUGAAAAACUACUUUGUAUUUGAGUUAUAUAUAUAUAUGUAUUGUUGAAGUUAGUAUAAUAGAAUAUUGUUUACUUAUGGCAAGUACAUAUGUAGAAUGGUUCGAUUUUUGUUCUGGUGAAAUAUUUCCUCUUGAGUUUUCAAACGUUUUCCUUAAAUUAGUAUCUGAUAUUGUUCCACUAGCACUUUAUCAUGUGUGAAAGAUUAUUUCUUCUAUCACAUUAUUCAUUUCUUUUCUUUUUACCAUUACUUUCAUGAAUUUAGGCGUGCUUCUUUCUUGUCAUUGUAGCUAUAAAAGAAAAAAAAACAAUAGCCUAAUCAGUUAUGAUUUUUGCAUUACUUUGAUAUCCACUCUUUUUUGUUGUUGUUGUUCUUGUUGAUAAAGAUGUCUUCCAUUCAUAAUGUUUUAUGGAAAGUAAAGCAACCUGUAAAUUUUCUUCAUGUGUUCCUUACGUUUAAUUUAGUGAAAUAGUAAACAGAAAUUAUUUAUAUUUGAAAGAAAAACAAUUUAUUCAAUUUUUCAUAAAUGUAUUUAAAGAUGCUCUCU